CUCCCCGCCGUGUUUAUUAGGGGAAGGAGGGCGGAGGCGGAGGCCAGUUCCCCAGCUCCAGCCGCCGCCGUCGCCGCCCGCCUAGUCGCAGCCGCGGCCGCCCCCCGCCAGACGGUCCUGGGGAAAGAGAACGCGCGCGAGCUCGGGCGUCUCCGUCCCGGCCUUCCCCGGAGCCAUGAACCCCAACUGCGCCCGGUGCUGCAAGAUCGUGUACCCCACGGAGAAGGUGAACUGUCUGGAUAAGUUCUGGCAUAAAGCAUGCUUCCACUGUGAGACCUGCAAGAUGACACUCAACAUGAAGAACUACAAGGGCUACGAGAAGAAGCCCUACUGCAACGCACACUACCCCAAGCAGUCCUACACCAUGGUGGCUGACACCCCGGAAAACCUCCGCCUCAAGCAACAGAGCGAGCUCCAGAGCCAGGUGCGCUACAAGGAGGAGUUUGAGAAGAACAAGGGCAAAGGUUUCAGCGUGGUGGCGGACACACCCGAACUCCAGAGAAUCAAGAAGACCCAGGACCAGAUCAGCAACAUAAAAUACCAUGAGGAGUUUGAGAAGAGCCGCAUGGGCCCCAGUGGGGGCGAGGGCUUUGAGCCUGAUCGCCGAGAGCCCCAGGACGCCGGCAGCUACCGGCGGCCCCAGGAGCAGCAGCCCCAGCAGCCGCCUCACCACAUCCCAGCCAGCGCCCCAGUUUACCAGCAGCCCCAGCAGCAGCAGGCGGCCCAGUCCUAUGGCGGUUACAAGGAGCCUGCAGCCCCGGUGUCCAUACAGCGCAGCACCCCUGGCGGGGGCGGGAAGCGGUACCGAGCUGUGUACGACUACAGCGCUGCCGAUGAGGACGAGGUCUCCUUCCAGGAUGGGGACACCAUCGUCAACGUGCAGCAGAUCGACGACGGCUGGAUGUACGGGACCGUGGAGCGCACUGGCGACACGGGGAUGCUGCCGGCCAACUAUGUGGAGGCCAUCUGAGCCCCCUGGCCCCACCCCACCCUGCCCGGCCGUCUUCAGUGCAUUCCACAGCAUCCCAUCGUCCUGUCCUGAGGCGGGACCGUCCGCCCCACCCAGUAGUCUCUGUUUCCUUAAAUCUGCCACAGCUUGUUUAUUCCCACCCCUCCCCCAGCUCUUUUACCAACUGAAGCCUUGUUCUGCCCCUUUUGCGGGCUCCUUCCUCUGGCAGGUUUCCCCCUUGACCCACUUCUUGGUUUUCUCUCCAGAUGGAAUAGGUGUAGGUCUUUCUGGGAAGGGUGCAGCCCAGGCUGGUUUGGAGUGGGAGACCAGUCCACUCAGCCUUGAGCUGCCUUCUUUUCUGUCCCCUCAGACCCUCCUGCCCACCCUCUCACGCACCGAAACAUUCCAGGGCAGGGGUGAGUCCCAGACUCCCAGGGCCCCAGGGAGAGGCUCCAUACAUUCCUGGGAUUGGGACCCCCCCCCCCGCCCUUGCUCCCAGGCUGGAGUUGGGGGACCAGUGAGAUGCUUUACCUCUGCUUCUCAAAGCUAGGGCUGCCGGCCCACCCAGGGAUCUCCCUCACCCCUCCUCCCUCAUCUCAAGGACAACAAAAGGAGGAGAAAGUUCCUGCUGAGGGGUACUUCAUCUCCUCUCCACAUUUGUUCUUUUCACACUGUGAUUUUUGCCCUCCCUUGCCCACGCAGACCUGGUGUGAACUUAGAGCUCUCGGGGAAGCACAGCUUGGGUCAAGCUCUUGCUUUUCUUAAAAAUUGGGAACAACUGCAAAGAGGGAGGGUAGCAGGGUGUUCUCUCCUGCAGCCCCUUUCCUCCACUCCCACACCCAGUCUCCAGGGACUCUUGUUUGCUUCCUGGCUGGAAGCCCGCAGUCCUGCAGGGUGGGGCAAGGAGGCCUCAGUCCCUUUGCCUGCACUGGCCCCCAGCCCCCUGCGAUCUGGGUUAGGGGGGCUGCUCUUCCCUGCUCCUCACGGCCUCCACCCCCCAGCCCAGUGCCAAACAGACUUGGAGCUGUGCAAAGCCAGCACAACCUCGAGUACUUAGGAUGUGGGGGAAGGAGUGUGUCCACAGGUGUCUGUGAAAGGCAGGUGUGUGAGUGUGAAAGAAGGUAGGCAGGGUACAUGCAGGUAUCUCUGGGGUUAUGUGUAGGGGGGUGCAUGUGCAGGCUCGUGGAGCUGUCUUCUGAUAAUUUGCCUCAAAACCCACAGUGAGAAGGGAGAAUGAAAUUCCUUAUGUUUUCUUUGGGCCCAAAAUUCCUCCUUUCCUUAUAUCCCCAAGUAGAGGAAGCCCACCCAUCCAUUCCCCCUUUUUGGUAUGCUGGACAGAAGUAAGGGGAUGGUUAUGGAGAUGGGGGUUGGUAUUGCGGCGAGCAGCUUGCUGGGGUAGGGUGAGAUGGGGAGAAGGCUCCAUGGCUCCAGGCAUAGUCUCUUCUCCCAUCUCUGUGUCCUGGGGCUGCAGAGUAGGGUGCCAGAAGGACCCUGUGUCACUCACACUCUGGGUGCCUCACUCUGGGGGCUGUCCUCCCAGACCUCCCCCUCACUUACAUAAAGCCCCCUUGGAGCAGAGGGAAAGGGUCCCAGGGCUAGAUAACUGGAAGCACAGACUCUGGGAUGAGGAAGGAAAGAUGGUGCUAUAUCCCAGUUCCUUCUCUCUGCUCAUUGGUGGCUGUGACACCCUUGCCUGAUUUUAUUCAUCUUUGGGUUUUCCUGUCACCCCUCUGGACACCCCCUCCCAUUUUUACCUGAGUCCAACCAGGCCCCACAGCUGGCCUCGUGUCCCUUUGUGUGCUUGGGCCCUGCGGGGCCUUUGGUGGGGGAGGUGUUAGGGGCAUAGUCAACCAUCAAGUCAUCACAGGUGUUUUUGUCAGUGCCUGUUCGUUGAUUUGGGAAUAUUUCCCCAAGGUUUAGGAAAGGACUGCUGGGGGAGGAGCCCUGCCUAACCAAUACCUUUUCCUUUUUACUACCAGCUGAGGUGAGACGUGGAUGGGAGGAGAGGGCAGGAGAGAUGUCAUAUCGGGCAGUUUGGGGGGUGAGGAAAGCAGGAAGGCAGCGGCCUUUGGGGAAGCAGUGUUGGGGGCCUUGAGGAAGGUGCUGGUCCAUUCCAUUUCCUCUUGAUCUCAAAGCACAAUGUGGACUCUGGGACCAAGGGUCAGGGACACGCCCUGUCAGAGGACCUGCAAUGGGAGGGUGGUGAAUGGGUGGGAGGAGGCCCCACCUCCCCUCACAAGGGAGGACUUGGAGGAGCAACGGUCAACCUGUUUUCCCUCGGCUAAUUUUCCUUCCAAAACAAAGCAAGCCAGCUGUUGGAAUCUUGCUGCCUGUCCCUCUGCUCCUCCCGUCCUAAAAAUAGAGGACAUUUUCUUACAUAUUCCUGGAGAGAGGAAGGACCUCCUUGAGGUGGGACUGUCGCACUGGUGCUGGGGGACCCGGGGGCUGCUGGAGUCCUUGUUCCUUACCAGAAUCAUCCAUCUCUAGAAGAGCACAGGACCCUGAGGGCUGGGCUGAGUCCCUGGUCUUUCCUUACAGCUCACAGGGUCUUUAGCCAAUGUAGUCCCAGGAAAGAAGAUGCAUCAAAGCUAAAAUGUGAAUAUAACUUUAGUGGACCAAUAAUAAGAUGCAAGAAGACAAAUGGUGAGAAAAGUGAAUUCUCCCAAUACUGCUUCCUGUUUUCUUCCUCAUGUCCCUCCAGGGAAAACUAUUGCUUAAUUUCUGCCUUUUCCCCCUCACAUAUGCACUUUUGGGUCUUUUUUUUAUAGCUGGAAAAAAAUACCACCCCACAAACCUGUAUUUAAAAAGAAACAAAUGACCAUGUGGAAUUUGCCUUUGUCCAAACAUUUCACCCGUGUGUGUGAAGCCGUCCAUUCAUCUUUUUAUAUGGGAUUGUUGUCUUUUUUUGGUCUGUUUUGAUACCCUCUCUUGUGGGCUUGUGCUCGGGAUCAAAUCUUUCUGGCCUGUUAGGAUUCUGAACAUUUGACUUGAACCACAAAUGAAUCUUUCUCCUGUGAUUCAAAUAAAAGUCUAAUUUUUACCUGCU